CCUACAGCUGCUAAAGAGUAGUGAUUUGAAAGUGUCUCCUAGAUCUCUGGGGUCCUGAGCAGCCUUUGGGAGGAGAGAAGGUAGAGUUUACACUAGUCUGCCUUGUGCUUGUAGCAUACCCUCUGUACAAAACAGUGCACGCAAAUCGGAGUCUCCCUCUUCACUGUCUAAUAGCUUCAAAGCCCUUUGCAGUUUGGGAUCCUUUCUUUCUCCAAAGUCCUGUUGUUGGGCAGCUAAUGCUUUUCACUAAAGCCCUGAGUUAAUCACAUACACAUAGACAUGCUCACCAGCCAUAGUACAUAUGCUGAGAACCAUUUAAUGCUGUCUCUUGUCCACACGAAUGGCUCAUGGUGGCAGUUUCCAUUACCUCAGUUCCUGGACUUCCUAGCACUAAAGAGAAAUUAGUGAGUGGAAAUUGAUGUCGCAAGAUUAAGAAUGGUUUCUCAUUCUAGACUGAAUGCUUCCCCACUGGCAUCAGUUACUUUUUCCUUGGACUUCAUUGGUGCCCCAUUGUCAGGAAGAUUAUCCCAUAGUGCCCAGUCCUUACUCUUAGAGUCUGACUUCCUUAAUGUGUCUCUGUGGACCUGGAGACCGUUUCUUUUCUGCACUUGUCUCAGUGUAUAAUGGUGUGUCCAGUAGCAUGGUUAAUUAAAGUAUGGUUAAUAUUGCCUAUCCAAUGGGACAAUACCUUCUUAAGGGCAGAAACAUUGCCAGUUUUUAAUAUAAGAGAGUAAGUGUUCUUGAAUGCACAUGGUGUGAGCCAGCUGAGACCAGUCUCAAGCAGAAGCUCUGCUUUCCCUCAGGUUGACUGGUGGGUUGACAUUAUUAAAAUAGUUAACGUCAUAGGCUGGUGGACAGCAGCAUGGCAGGAGUUCAGAGAAGAGCUCAGGCCCAUGUGGCACAGUGGUGGCCCUUCUACACUUUUCAUAGCAAUUUCAGUGCAGGCCCAUAGUCUGGGAAGGAGGGAAGGAGACUGAAAGGUUUCCUUUUUAGCCCAUACUUGGCUGUUACUAGGAGGAAUCAGGCAAUGAUAAGUUCAAGAAUGCGGAUGAUGGAUAAACAUCUCUCUUGAUGGGUCAUGACUGAGGGAGUCUUUAACGUUGAGGAGGAUAAGAAUCUAGAGAAACAAGUUUACUUUAGUUCUGGAAACCAAAUUAUUUUCGAUUCUGUCAUGGUCACAGUUUGACCAAAAUGGAGGUGGCCUAACAACUGCUAGGCAGGCAGGGGAACUUUGUUGCCUCAGAAGCACAUCCAGUGUUUGCCCAGCCAAGUUAGCACCCAUGAGUAACCACUUCCAUGUCAGUGCCAAUCAUAAUCGGUAGAGGGAUAGUUCAAAGCAACAAACCCUAAAGCCUAAAACUGCCCCAAAUCACAAACAGAAACUCAAAGUUCUGAAUUCUGAACCUGGGAAGAGAGCACAGUCAGUGAAGGUCUGUCCCACAACCAAGAAGUUCCAUGCUCAGUCCCCGGCACGCAUGUAAUAGCAUGGUGGCAUGGCAUGCCUUUGUAAUCCCAGUGACUGAAGGGCAGGAACAGGAGCUCUCUGGAGCUUAUUGGCCAGCCAUCCUAGCCUAAUGGGUGAGUUCUAGAUGCCAGUGAGAAACCUGUCUUAAAAUGAUGUGGACAGCUUCUGAAUAAAAACACUGAGAUUGGCUGCUGGAUUCCACAUGCAUAUACACACAUGUGCACAGGAGAACACAUACACACACGUGCACCUGCACGUACAUGCAUACACACACACACACACACACACACACACACACACACACACACACACACACACACACCAAAGUAAGCCUCCAAACUGAGAUUCUCAUUGUAAAGGAUGUAAAGAAAGGCCCAGGAAAGCAUUGAUGCAUGCUUUGUGGUACUCAGGAAAACUGCAAUACAUUAGUCGGAACAAAUGCCUAGAAACCCAAGAAAGCAUUAUUUCAGGUAUACCAGAGAGUGCUUCCUAAAGAGAAGUGUGUGAGUCUGCUAAUUUAGUGAAGGCAGCAGUCUACACUGUAGGAAAUGAUGCCAGUCUUCGGCUUCUCUGCUGCCUGUGUGCAGUUACCCAUAAUUUAUCCCAUUUUUGUGUGCUGGGUCUUCUUUUUGCAGUUGUUUUUGUUUUCAUUUCAUUUGUGAAAGAAAUUUAAUCCAGGUCCUUAUGUCUGUUAAGCAUGCAGUCUACUGUUGAACUAUACCCACUUGUUCCAAUUAUUUUGAACUAUAAGUAUUGUUUUCUAUAUUCGUUAUACUAUAGCUGUCCCAUUUGCAUAAUUUUCAAUUCUAGGCAUAUAGAUUAUAUGUAGGGUUUUUUAUUUUGUGUGUUUCAUGAAUAUUUGGUUCCAUGAAAAUACAUUAUCCCAACAUCAAUUUUGUAUGUAACUAUUGUGCUGAUAUGUGGAAACAUCUUCAAUAAAUGAAGAGAUGUACUUUUUGUACAUCUGUCCUUCUGAAAGAUAACCAUUAAUCCAGAUCCUUGGGUAAUCCUUAGAUGGAGGAGGGUGGUAGUGGUGAUGGUGGUGGUGGUGGUGGUGGUUGGGUUUCUUUAUUUUUUGUUGGGUUUUUUGAUCCCCAAGAGUUAGAUUGGGGGUCAGAGGACCACCCAGAUGUUGAGAGCAUUGGCAGGUCUUGAAGGGCCUGGGUUCAAUUUCCAGCAGCUACAUAGAUGCUCACAACCUAACCCCAGUUUUAGGGGAUCUAAUCCCCUCCUCUCGCCUCCAAGGACACCAAACAUGCAUACAGUGCCCAGACAUAUACCCAGGCAAAGUACCUGUACACAUAAAAUAAAAUGAAAUGAAAAAAUGUAACUCAAAAAAAAGUUAGAUGACUUGGCUGGUGACCUUUCACCUUCUCAACAGGUAAAUGUGCUCGCUGACAAGCAGAAUAAACUGAGUUCAUUCCACUGUACUCAACUGGCUGAUGGAAAGAAUCAGCUCCCGUAGGUUAUCCUCUGAUCUCUACAUGGAUGCACUCCAAUAAAUAAAAAUGAAAGAAAAUGUAAAACAAAAAAGUCAGAAAUGUGAACUGGGGUGUUCCGCAAUAGUAGAACAUGGGCCUAGAACUAGGUUUCUGGCCCUGAUACCACACAGGAAAGACUCAGGUUGUCCUUCAUGGCUGUGUCAGCCGAUGACAGUAAUAAAACAGUGCACACACUUACUGGGCAUGUUUGUUAACACAUUGCAGGUUUGGCCCAUUUCUUUUUUUUUUUUUUUAGUUUGUUUAUUUUAUUUGUAUGAGUAAGUACACUGUAGCUGUCUUCAGACACACUGGAGGAGGGCAUCAGAUGCCCAUUACAGAUGGCUGUGAGCCACCAUGUGGUGGCUGGGAAUUGAAUUCAGGACCUCUGAAAGAACAGUCAGUGCUCUUAACCACUGAGCCAUCUCUCCAGCCUGGCCCAUUUCUUUAUAAAUAUUUUGCUCCUGAAUGUUACCUACAUGUGACUGUUUUAUGUUCAUCAAAAUACAUGUGUGAUUGUAUAGAGUAUAUGAAAUAUUCUGUCAUGUUAUUUUUCAAACCCUCUUGAAAAUGUAAAUAAAUGCAAUUAAUUUUUUAAUAUUUGAAGGAUUAUACUAUGUUAUAAAAGUCAAAUUGUUACAUUUACUUUUUUAUUUUUGUCUUUAAAAAUUAUUACAAAUAUGUGGAUUUACACGUAACAACUGUCUUUCCAUUUCCUGCAGUCAUUAGCAUCAUUGUGGCACUGCCUUUGAGGCAGCAUGAGUGUCCAGACUACACAUUCAUCCUGGAAAGUUUGGUCGCAAGAAUAUCUUGUUUUUGACCAUGGCCAUGCACACCGGAUUCAGCUUCAUACAAGUCUUCUCUGUGAACUUCGAGAUGUUUACUCUGCUCUAUACCCUUGUUGGAAUGGGACAUAUAUCCAACUACGUGGCAGCAUUUGUCCUGGGUUCAUCCCUGAGUCCCCACGAUGGCUCAUCUCUCAAGGCCGAAUUAAAGAGGCAGAGGUGAUCAUCCGCAAAGCUGCCAAAAUCAAUGGGAUUGUUGCACCUUCCACUAUCUUCGAUCCAAGCGAGACCAAUAAAUUACAAGACGAUAGUUCCAAGAAGCCCCAGUCGCACCACAUUUAUGAUCUGGUCCGAACACCAAAUAUCAGGAUCCUCACCAUCAUGUCUAUAAUCCUGUGGCUGACCAUAUCAGUGGGCUAUUUUGGACUAUCUCUUGACACUCCUAACUUGAAUGGGAACAUCUAUGUGAACUGCUUCCUACUGGCGGCUGUUGAAGUCCCAGCCUAUGUGCUGGCCUGGCUGUUGUUGCAGCAUGUGUCCCGGCGUUAUUCUAUGGCUGGUUCCCUCUUCCUGGGUGGCAGUGUCCUUCUCUUAGUACAACUGGUGCCUUCAGACCUACAUUACUUGUCUACUACCCUGGUGAUGGUGGGGAAGUUUGGAAUCACCUCUGCCUACUCCAUGGUCUAUGUGUACACAGCUGAGCUGUACCCCACUGUGGUCAGAAACAUGGGUGUGGGGGUCAGCUCCACAGCAUCCCGCCUUGGCAGCAUCCUGUCUCCCUACUUUGUUUAUCUAGGUGCCUAUGACCGCCGCCUACCUUAUAUCCUCAUGGGAAGUCUAACCAUCCUGACAGCUAUCAUCACUUUAUUCUUCCCAGAGAGUUCUGGGGUUUCUCUCCCAGAAACCAUUGACGAGAUGCAAAAAGUCAAAAAACUAAAACAAAGGCAAUCCCUAAGCAAGAAAGGGUCCCCGAAGGAGUCUAAAGGAAAUGUAUCCCGAACCUCCCGAACCUCCGAACCUAAAGGCUUUUAACACCUGGUCCAGAAGCUGAUUGAACUGAAUGGAAAACCUGCAUGUUGUCAGAAACACUGUCAGUGACCGACAACAGUGCUUUCUGUUGUGUUGGCAUUGUGUCUAACAAGCAUCUGUCCUGGAGAGUCACCUUCCUCUAGGGCCGCCAAGGCGAACUACACACAGCUUGCACAUCCCAUCACAGUGGUGGACAUGGGCCUUCCAAAGAAAUGAAUUGAGUCUCUUGAACAAGCAGGACUUGGAAGACUAUGAGAAACAUCUGCUAGACAUGCUUUGUUAUUUUGUAAGACCUGAUAAGGGUGCACAUAGAACAGCAGGUCCGUUUUUCCCUCCUUUCCCUAACUGCAGAACUUAUAGGAAAGGAAUAAUUGUGGCUCAGGGGCAGUGUCCUUGUCUAGGUUACACAGGGCCCUGGGUUUGAUCAAGUGCACCAAAAGGAAACAAAAAAAAAAAAUCUUUUCAGAAAAUAAAUGAUUCCAUGGAUAGUUUGAUUUCUCGUCUUUUCUCAGUUAAAAAGUUUUAACUGCAACACUCUUAACUCGUGAUAUAACACAAGACCAAGGGAGCCCAAAGGAAACUAAGGUGGAGGCUGGUCCAUAAAGCAGACAGUGUGUUGACUGUGACUGCUCAGUCCCACAGCCAGGUACUGUGUGUGUGGUCAGGGUCCUGGGCUUGUCCAGGCCCUGUGAGAAAUCUACUGUUGAGGCCAAGGCUUGUCUUCCACUGCUGUGUAAAUCAGAAUUCUGGCUGCCAGCCACUUAUCUGUGUCUUGAAGGAAAUGUAUGGAUAACAGAGUGUCCCUUCCCUCUCCCAGCACUGUCAUGGGGAGUUUGUUUGUUUGUCAUCUGCUGUUUGUGUCUCAAGCUAUUUGUCCCUUAGCAGAAGCUUGGGAACUGCCUGUGUUCCCCAGCCCAGGGUCACCCUGGCUGGUGUGCAGUUACCACCAUACAAGGCCUUCCCAAUCUUAGCCACUAGAGCUGCUCUGAGUGCCAAAAAUAAUAACACUAUGCUUCUUCCUUUUACGAUGUAUAAUCAUGAGGAAAAUUACAAGAAAGAAAUGUAAAUUGUGUCACAGUCUCUCAGAGUAGCUGGCUGCAGUCGUGUCACAUCGGUGGGUGUUUUGUGUUCAGUGUGAUUGUCUUCUCUUCUGAUUAUGUUGCCAUGGUGCUCCGAAAGCACAUGCUUCACCCACUUACAAUACAAAACAAACACCAAAACCUGUAUUUUGUGAAGGCUACUGAAGUGCCUUGGGCAAUGAAAUGGUUUUAAUAAACUAUUUUUAAAAAAUAAAUAAA